ACCAAAUGAACAUGAAAACAGAAAAGAAGGAAAUCCGUUGUAUUACUUUGUUAAAAAAAAGUUGAUCAAGGAAUUAAAUUGAGUUAGAUAGAUCAAAGAAUUACAUUUCUGUUCACACUGGGAAAUUUAUUCCCCAUAAAAAUUCAGAAAUGUAGGUAAAUACUGAUUCUAAAGUUUGGUAUUCUUCAACCUAAUGAAUUGAGAUGGCGGGGUCAAAAUGGUGGGUUUAAAACUGGGGUCUUGGGCACCCUAAAAUCAGCUGGUGAGCGUAUACACAUGGACCCACAUGGGUCCAUCCGCCUGACUCACUCAGCCACAGCCCUUCUUUCCAGGCUACCUGGCAUGUCAGAUGCCCACACUCUGGUAUCUCCCAUCUGCCCCACCCAGGGGGAACAAUGGGUCCACUGUGACCCUCACAGGAUUCUGGUGGCCUCACAAUGUCCCCCUGAGGUCACUACAGAGAUAACCUUACCACCCCCUGCACCUCAGGCACAAGACUGCCAAGGCCAGCAUAGGUGAUCAUCCUUGGUCCUCCUCUGGCCACCCAGGGCAAGGCUCGGGCCAGAGCCCUACAGGAAGCCUCUGAGGGAACCAGGAACUGGGGCGCACCUCCCCCACCGAGAAGCAACCCAGAAGAGAUUUCCAGCCGCCAUCCUGGAGGUCCUUGAACCCAGCUCCCUUCACCCACCCCAGGAAGAGAUGCAGAAAGACACUUCGCUGCCGCCCCCAUCUGGGCCCUUGGCCUCCAACACUGCCCUGGGUGCAGGCCUGCAGGCCAGCUCAUCUGGACUCCCGAGCAAGAGCGAGACUCCGCGCAGCACCAGCCCCAACCCCCACCGGAAGCCCAACAUAUCCAAGGUGAUCCUGGGGUUCGUGGCAGGCAAGGGGGCAGGCAAACGCGUGUCCCUGGCCGCCCUGAAGAAGGCUGUUGCCACCAGGGGCUACAACAUGACCCGCAACGCCUGGCGCUUCAAGCGAGUGCUCAAGGGGCUGGUGGACAAGGGCAUGCUCAAGCGGGUGACAGGCAAGGGGGCCGCAGGCUCCUUCCUCAUGGGCAAGAAUCAUGCCUCCAAGAUUAAGCUCAAGGCCAAGAGACGGCGGCAGCGGCGGCAGCAGUCUCGGCAGCGCCGGUCUGGGCAGCGCCAGCCUGGGCAGCGCCAGUUGCUCAUGGGCUCCAAACAGGGGCACAAGCAACCCAUCAGGGGGGUUCGCAGGGCGGCCAAAUGCCGCCGCAGUUAACCAGGAAGGUUGGGCAAGCAGGCAGGGGUGCCAGGCCCGCCACAGGCUCAGUGCAGUGAGAAUAAAAGGAGCCUAACUUAUUUCA